AUGGCAAGCAGGGUCCGUCUCGCGGCCAAUGCGGCGAAGAGGAACAGGUAUCUGCCGAAUGACAUCAUCACGUCACUGUCACAGGAGUCGCGUUGGCAGCAUAGCUUGGUGCUGCUGCGCACGCAGUGCAUUGCAUAUUUGAUGGUCACUGAGCAGAGCACAAGGGUUUGCUGCGAAGAGGCGGCGGCUCCUCCGCAGCUGGUGAUUUUCGGGGGAGGCACAGCUACCAAUGAGCUGGUUCCCGUGCUGCACAGCUGGAAUCGCAGGGUGAGUCACGUGAUGCCGGUCACCGACAAUGGGGGCUCUACUGCGGAGAUCCUCCGUGUGUUGCGUGGGCCGGCGAUUGGGGACAUUCGCUCGAGGCUGGUAAACCUGUCCAAGUUUCAUUUGAGACAUAGUGACCGGGAGAGCUAUCAAGUACAUCCAUCUGAGAAGCAAGUUGUUCGGCUGCUGGAGUAUCGGCUUCCUACAGAGGCAGAAAGCGCACUGGCAGAGUGGUCCAUGCUGCUGGACGGCCGCCACAGCCUCUACAAGGGUAUCACCACGGACUACAAAUCCGUGAUCCAGUCCUUCCUCUUGAAGUUCCACUCGGAGAUUUUGCGGAAUGCGGUGUCCGUGAACGCCGGGAUUUCCGUGAACAAAGGCUUCGACAUCGAAGCAAACUUCCACAGUUUCGAUUUCCGGCGCGCGAGCAUCGGGAACUGCUUCUUCACCGGCGUUCGGCUGCACUUUGGGUCGCUCCCCGCUGCCAUUCUCAUGUGGACCAGGAUUGCGCAGAUCCCCCCGGAGACGCGGGUGCUGCCAGUGAUGAACCUCAGCUUCUUUGUGACCAUAGGUGUGGAGCUUGAAAAUGGUGAUCACAUCAUCGGCCAGAGCGAGAUCAGCCAUCCAGAAGUACCCGGGGAGAACCUGAAGGAGAGCGGGAAAGUGCCCCUGCCUGCGCCAGUGCGCCGUUUGUUUUUUGUGAACGAGCACGGGCAGGAGCUGAAGAGCCAUAGCUUGCCGGCGAAUGCUGACGUGCUCGACGCCAUCGAAUCUGCAGAUUGUGUCGUGUACAGCGUGGGGUCUCUUCUCACCUCGGUGCUACCCUCGCUCUUGCUGCCGGCCAUCGGCGCACGGAUCAGAGGCGCCGCCGUGCCGAAGGUGCUGCUGCUGAACUCGGAGCACGACCGCGAGACCACGUGCACGUCGCCGCAGGGCAUGGAGGUCAUGACUGGCAAGGAUAUGGUGGAAGCCCUGUGCCGGGCCUGUCAGGGCUUCGAGCGAGUGGAAGCUGAGAGCUGGCGGUGUUGCGUGACGGAUGUGGUGGUGGCUCAAGGCAGCCCCUUCCUCUCGAGCGGUAGUGCUGAAGCGAGGAGUCUGGAGAAGCUGGGCAUCCGGCUGCACUGGGUGCCCUGUAAGCCCGGCUGCCCCGGCUGGCUGGACUUCUCUGGCGUUGUGAAAGCCCUUGCCGACAUAGCUGCCACCCAAAGUGGCAAGGAGGUGCCCUUCCGGCCAGCUGAUGUGCGCUGA